CGCCUUGACGCCCCUCCCCCCGGCUCCUCCGAACACGCUGGCGCUGCUGUUGCGAGGCAUGUUUGCUUAUGAUGGAUGACAAAGAACUGGCUGAACGCUGAUGAGUAAGGCGACACCUGGAUGGAAAGGAAGUGGAGUGAGUUUUAUAGCUCCUCUCUGCCUUCUUGUCCGCCCACAUUAAGGACUCUGCCUCGUGGAUCCAAUCCUCAUUCUUGGACAAACAGGUUCAGGCUUGAAAUUCAAGUAUUUCAUGUUGACUUCUCUGGUAAUUCGGCACCUGUUCUGUUUUGAUUGGACACUUGCAAACAUGUUGGGGAGGUACGCAGGUCCAUGCGCCUUCAUAAAGGUGAUGUGAGGUGGGAUCUCAUUCAUCUGCUCAGUCAGUCUCCAAGGUUCAGCACCAUGUCAAAACCUAGCAGCAGCAUGAGCGCACACUCCAGCGACAAGAAGCCCAAAAUGAGCGAGCCCAGCGCAAAGCUCGACUCAACAGGGAAAUCCGGGGAGAAAACACUCUUGGUUGGCCUCAACGACAAGUUCGUCCAGCUCAUCGACAAGGUGAAGGAACUGGAGGAUGAGAAGCUGAAACUGGAGAAGAAGCUGGAGAUCCUGAAGGGACAGGAGGACUACAGCGGGAACGUGGACGCCAUCGUGAGGCAGGCAGAGAACAAUCUGCGGGAUAAGAUUGAGAACUUGAAGAACGACCAGGAAAAACUGAAGGAUGAGUUUGAAGACAUUGCGAAGGAGGUGGAUGAUGCCAAGGAUAGGUAUGAGGAUGUAAUGAACAAGAGAGCUGAGCUGGAGAAUGAAUUUGUUGUUGUCAAAAAGGAAGUAGAUGAAGGACAUAUGGAAUUGGUAAACAAGGUUCUGGAUCUGGAUGACCUGACCAGAAAACUGGAGUUCCUCAGGGACGGCUUUGAUGAGGAGAUCAAGGAGCUGCAGUCGAUGAUCAAGAAUGAAAAGGUCGUCCUUCCCAAGCCCGUCAAGCGGUCUCUAGACCUGGAGGACUACGUCAAGACCACAGAUGCGCAGUAUGCCGCGUACGCCGCUCGCGCCAGGGAGGAGGCCGAGCAUUGGAACCAGAGAAAGAUUGAGUCCUUGGUCCAAAGUGCAGAGCAGAAGGAGCAGGAAGUCCGCGAGCAAAAGAGGGAUAUCUCUGACCUCAUGCGCCUAAUCCAGAGGCUGACUGCUGAACUGGACAGUCUGAAAAGAAAGGAAGAGUCCUUGAGAAACGAAAUUGACGCAGCAAGAGCAGACGGCGACAGGAACAUGCGGGAGGCCAGAGACACCAUUGACAAGCUGGAGGUGGCCUUGAAGGAAACCAAGCAGGAGCUGGCCAAACAGAUCCGCGAAUACCAGAACCUGCUGAACCUCAAGCUGGCCCUCGACAUCGAGAUCGCCACCUACCGGAGGCUGCUGGAGGGCGAGGAGAGGAGAUUGAACAACUUUCAACAUUCAGAUUACUAAAUGCAAACAACCAAUCCAAGUCCUUACUUGCACGCAGACGUUCACCAGCCAGAGAGGAAACACCGGCAACAGGAAAAACACCUGCCUGAAAGAAGUCACCUGCGAGACCAACGACACCGGCGAGGGAAACCUCCAACAAUUGAGUCCAGCAACAUCCCGAAACCGGACGAGACCCCAGGCCCCUCCAAUACACAGAAAUCCCCCACGCGCUACAAAAAACGCGUGGUGAUCCGGGUGGAAGUGGAAUCCGGGAGGCUAAUCUCCGAAACCACCCACUACAUUGACUGAUUUUUCUGGGACUUCCCGCAGCCAAAUCCAUAAAAUGUGAACAAAUCAUUUUCAAAAAUGAAGAAUAACCAACCGUUUAAACCUCCUGGUAAAAUUAAAAGUAAUAAUCUCUCUUGCACGUUUUCUGGCAGUGAACGUCCGACUGCAGCCCGGUGGCAGGUUGAAUCUGUGCUUGAACUGGUUUACGUCAAGCCGUGUCUUUAGCAAAGUUUUUUUUUUUCUUAUCUUUUGGUGGGAUGUGCAAUGCCUUUGGGGCUUCAGUGUUUCCUUUCAUCUUCUCCUGUGUUAUUUCCUUCAGACAGUGAUGACCCAAGCGCUGAGGUUUUGUUUUUGAUGCAAGAAAACCCAAGAAACUUCUAGCGUAAAUGUUUAUUGUUAUUUGAGAACAACUGGAUUUAUGGGCCUGAGCAUGCAGGAGUGUUUCCGUUUGCUUGGUUCCCUUCUUGCCAGUAUGAGUCAGAAAAUGCAGAUAAAAAUAAGAAAAGGUUCUCAGACUGGUGCUUAAAAGUUCAACAUUAUAUGUAGACAUGCAUGUGUUGCUCUGUUUUUAGCACGUUGUCCUGUAGCAUUGCAAAACUGCAAGUUGGAACUCCUCUGUUGGCUCUUGUGCUUAUGAGUCUCAAAUCUUUCAAAUGAAUCUAAAGUAAUCAAAUUUCAGGGUUUUGUGCAAAUAAAUUAACCUUUACAAA